AUGGCGCUUGUGGAGGUGGUGGUGGUGACAGCAUGGUGGUGGAGGUGGCAGCAUGGUGGUGGUGGUGGUGGUGGUUGUGGAGGUUUUGAAGGAGGUGGUGGUGGUGGUGGUGGAGGUGAAGGUGGAGUUGGUGGUGGUGGUUGUGGUGGAGGUGGAAGUGAAGGUGGAGUUGGAGUUGGUGGUGGUGGUGGUGGUGGAGUUGGUGGUGGUGGAAGAGGUGGUGGUGGUGGUGGUGGUGGCGGCGAUGGCGGUGGUUGUGGAAGUAGUGAAUGUGGUGGUGUAAGUGGUGGAGUUGGAUGUGGAAGUGGAGGUGGUGUUAUUUUUUAA